AUGCACUCAACACAAUAGAUGUCUAAAUUCCCUAGCACCUACUCCACUAAUCCCAAUCCCAGUACAAGACGAUAUGUCUCAAGUGCCAAAACCUCUCCUGUGACUGGACCUCUCUAAAAAUUAAUUGAAACUGACAAUGAUAAUUUUUCAAAGAGAGAUAAGAAUCCAUAACAUCUCUUAUAAGAAAUCCUCUACACAAAUAACAUAACAAAAAUCUAGAGAUUGAUAUCUACAUUCAGUCAAUCUGAUUCCAACAUAGAAAAUCUUUCUCAACAAGAACUACUUAACAUCAUCCUCAAAGUAUACCAACUCAACCUCUAUGAAGAAAUCAAUUUCAUUAAUAUCCUUUAUGAUGCCUAUUCCGACAAAUAACACAAAGAUGUUCUGAAAUAUAUUAUAUUGCAUUGCCAUGAAUAACUAAUUGGUAAAUCUGGUAAUACAACCCGUCUCUUAGAGAUCUUUUAAGAAAUGCUUACCCUUAACCCUGAUUUCACUUCAUUUCAAUUGGAAUAUUAAUUAGAUUCUGUUCCUGUUUCAUUCAAUCGAAUUCAAUUAAGAUGUAUGUUCCUCCUUAAUCAAUAUGACAUAUUGCGAUCUUUAAAAGGAGCAGUGGCAUUGUUUGAACAAUUAGAAGGCUUUAUAUUUUAACAAUUUAAAGCCAAUACCAUACCUAAUUAAAGUGAUAUCAGUACACUUGUUAUUGCAUACAUAUUAUUGAGUGAACAAUUAGAGUUAUGUAAUAGGUUUGGCUUGAGUAAAUAGGCAUUAGAAAUCAUUGGAAAGCCAAUUGAUGGCUCAAUAACUGAUCUCAAGAGAAAGUUCAUCUUUAAUGCAUCCAAAUUGUCACAAAAAUAUCUAGGCCAAAUGAUCUUUGAGUAAAUCAAUGGAUUGCAUAGAAAAAUGAGUCCUGAUUUAAACCGAUCACAAGUAGUCUCUCAGGAUACACUUAUACACUAAUUUCUUAUAGACUCACUUGACAUGCUCUAUCUCAAAAAUUAUAAGGAUAUGUUUGAUAUUGAUCGAAUCAGCACUAACAUUAUAACAUCACCUUACGUUUAUAUAAUAAUGGAGAAAAUCCUGCCUGAAAACAAGAAAAAAGAUAAAGUGCUAUCAAUCUUCAGUGAUGAUCAAGCCAGGCCAAGUUCAGGUAAGCAAUUCUAAAUCAAACAAAUUAAAAAUGAUAUCAACAGUCCCAAUCAAGGCAAAUUCAAAUCAUACAAUUUUAAUGUUCUCUCCAAUAACAAUUCAUAAACUCAAAUACAAGCUAUCACAACCAAUAAACCAAAUUCAAAUAAACCUCCUCUGAAUCAAUAAUUGUCAUCUGGAUCAUUACAUUCCACUGGCAAACUUAAUUAAUUUGAUUCACAGGAAUUUGAAAUCAUUCAAAACAAAUUAGUUGUCCAAUAAAGAGAAUUAGAUGAAUUAAAAUAAUUAUACACUCAAUCACUAAACAGUAAAAAACAAGAACCAGAAAAUAAUCAAUUAGCUGAGCAAUUAAAGAAAAAGAUAGAUUUAUUAGAGAACAACCUAUUUUAAAUUAAAAAUGAGAAUUCAACCAAUAAAAAAGAAAAAGAAUAAAAAUAAACUGAAGUCAUUGAAUUAAAGUCUUAAUUAUAAGAUUUGAUUGCCAAAUAAUCUUAAUUAGAGAAAUUAUUACAAUCCUAAUCCUAAUAAUAAUAAAUGAUAAUAUACUAAUAAAACCUUUUAUAAUAAUAAUAAGCUGCUGCUCAAACUAUUUAAUCAUUAAAUUAAUAACCAUCAAAUUCUCUCAUACAAACAGCCCCUAUGAGUAUUCAAAUACCACUAAAAGAGGUUUAAAAAAAAUAGAACAGCCUUUAUCAUUCGCCAGAUGACGACUUUAUAUAAAUGGAUGAAACCACACCUUAUAUUUAUAAAUAAAACUAAAGCUAUAUCACACAGUUAUUAGAAAUGCUUGAUGUCAACAUUGUCUUUUCUAAAAUGUAUACUAGAUAUCAAUCAGCAUCCUAGGAUGAAAAUGAUCAAUGGAAUAGUGAUGUAUAGAACAUUGCUAACUACAGAGUAGAAGCUACGGUAGUUGAUACCAGAGAUGAAGGUAAAUCAAUACUCCUUAAAGCAUUUGAUCAAAAAAAUUCAUUGAUUUGCUAAGAAAACAUCAAUUUAGAAUUGCUAAAAGGUUUAAUAACAUAUGUAGAUUUCUAAGAAAUGUUACCAACCAAUCAACCAAGCAUCAAUACAACUCAUUAAUUCUUUAAAUUUUUGGUAUUACCAUAUACUGCUGUUGUUCCAGAUGAGAUAACACAAGAGAUGAAAUUACAGUUCUGGCCAAAACCAUAUGGAUUAUUAAAUGGAUUGACUUUGAGAGUCGAUUUCAUGGAUACAAAUUGUUUAAUUUAUAUCCAUCAUAUUGAAACUGAUCAAUUCAGAAUAUCAAUCUGUGAUCCCAUAAGUAAGGAUACUUUGAGAUUAGACUUAGAAAUGGAUUAUUCAACUAUGGAUGCUUUCUUUUAAGAUGCUAAAUCUAUUAAAGAUCAAUAUUCAUUCUUUAGUAAGACUACAUUGCUAAAAAUGACUGAAAAAACACCAAAAUUUGGUGAUGAUGAUGUGGCUGAAGCAUUACAGGAGAAACACUUUGAUAAAACUAAAGUAAAGUAGGUACAUUAAUCAAUCUCAUUAAAUUAAACCUUUAUGACCGAGAAUCUGAUUUUCAAGAAUCCUAAAGAAUUUCUUAAGUAUUUAAAGACCAUUAUCAUAUAAUUUGAGGAAUAUCUGAAAUCUUUAGGAAUUUCAUUCUCGAAUACUUUAUUUGGAUAGAAAUAUUUUAGAUGUAAAAGUUGGAAUACUGGAUCUAAAAAUUAAUUACAAAUCGUAUUAGAUAAUUAAGAUCUAUAGAGCAUUUAAGUUUGUUUAUAAAAUUGUUUUGAGACAUUUGGACCCAACAAAACUAAAAUUAAAGCAAAAGGAUAAACUACCAUUCCAUAUUCAUCCAUACAAAGAGAAUUCUCAAUAAUGUUUGAUAAAUUAUAAUCUGAAGAGAAGAUCGUAAUAUUUUAAUAACUCUUAUAUUCGUUCAAUCUCAACGUAUUUGAGAAAGCCUGUGAAUAAAGCCAAGAAUAAUUUGAUAAAAAUCCAAUAAUUCAGAAUUCUUAUGACUGUGGUUCCUUCAAAAGAAUGAUUUUAUACGAUAAUUCCAAAAUAUCAGUAGUUACAAUUUCAGUGAUUGGAGCUAAUAGAAGGAUGUGUGGAGUCAAAUUCUCUGUACUCAACAUUGAAACAACUCAAGAAAUCGGAGUUUAUUUACCAACUUCCUAAGGGGAAUGGGAUUUGAGAUCAUUAGACAAACAAAAGAUUAAAUCUUCUGUAGAAAAUGUCCCUUUUGCAGAAUUUUUCCUUACUUAGAUUCUUCGAUGUCCAAUCACAACAUAAAUUUUAUUUAAGAAAAUAUUGAAGGCAGAUAGCAAAAACAAUCAGAUAAAUAGUAAUGAAAUAAAAAAUCGUAAAGCGUUCAUUGAGAGAAUAGAUAAUCUGAUAACAUGGUAAGAAGUAUUGGCUGCUGCUUAAAACUGA